AUGGAUUCCGCCGACACACAAUACCUAUACCGAGAGACUCGUCUCAAUCUCGAACCGGCCUCCGCCUCAUCCAUCAUCAACAUCCGCGUCCCUUCGCUGACGUCGAAUGGGAGGGGCGCGACCCGCAAGCUCACAUCCGGCGACAAGAACGUCAGCGAAGACGAAGUUAACUUUCGGCUCAAGAACCUCGCUCCCGCUUCGUCCGUCUACCACCGCAAAUGGCACGAUGCGCCGCGCAGCUUCCUCUGGAGGCUGUUGGAUGACGGUCUCGUCCUCAGCCUACGGGUAGUCGAUACCUGCCGACAAGAGAAGACGGUCGAUGCGCCGCUGAUUCUCAAUUUCCGAUUCACGGUGCCGAUUCAAUCGUCCUGUGUUGCGUUCGCCGACCCCCGAGAACAUGAUGCGCUCUCCAUGUUCGUGCUCGACGAGGCCAACUGCCUGUACUCCUUCACUCUCCGCCCCGACUUCUUCAGGAAGCGCUCCGCCAUCGAGGCCGGCCCGGGAGAUGCUUGCAAGGUGUACCAGCCAAAGGUCUUUGGGUUCAAGCACCCGCAUCGCAUGGUUGCCGCGAGCACCGAUCAGAUUGUCAUUUCUCUUCACGACGGCGGGCUGGUGAGGUUGGACCGGAAUAAGACACAGGAUUCAACGAGCAACCCCUGGAAGGAGACGAUCUACAAUUCACAAGGAUGGGCGCAGGGCAUUCGAAGCUAUCUCCCGUUCCAGCAGAACCAGUCUAUCCGAUAUCGCAACAUCCACAUGGACGCGAGCGCGGCAACGUCGAUUCAGGUUACGAACCUGGGCCUCGAUGAUGCGGCGUUUCUCUUCACAGUCUGUCUCGACCAUCGCAUGCGCAUCUGGAACCUGCGGACAGGCCAGAUCUUGUUUACUGGCGACAUACUGAACUCUGACCGCAACCCGCAAGAAGUCGGCAAGUGGCAGAUUGAACCUACACAGACGAACUUAUUGCAGCUGGUUGGCGACGGAACUGGCAACAGGAUGUGCGCCACGUACUCGCCCAUUGGGGCUGGAGAGUUCAAAUUCUGGAACAUUAAAGCCCGCGACAGCGACACCGUUUACGUGGAAGAUGCGUUCCCUGAUACCCAACUCACCCCAUCGUCACCGUCGCUCUCCGAUGUGUGGACCCUGGCGGACUUUGUUCUUUCAACACUUGCAGAUGGCGGUAUUCAGUUGUGGACAUUGUGGAAGAACAAUAUGACCUACAGAGUCCAGGAGCUGGAUCUCAACAGAGACAACAUCGCCGAGUCAUGGGAAAGCGAGUGGGCGUCAGUCCACAUUGACACAACUUAUCCCACCGCGCCGACGUCCGGAUCCUCUGACCCUACAGACCCGACAGAAAAGUGGUUGGAUCUUAUCCUCGCCCCUGGCCGCUUCACCAAAGCGACCCUCGAAACAGCUCUGUCCAUAUACGAGAAGGGGCUUUAUUCUCAAAAGGAGGGCAGCUCGAAGAGUCAACAAAAGGGCCUGGCAGAGUCAAUCUGCUCUGUUCUUGCCUCAACAGCAUCCUUGGACCGGAACUCGGCUGGUGGUAUGGAUUAUGAGCAAUUCCGUGCUAGCAGCGAGACCCAGUGGAGGAGAUUUUACCGUCUUCUGAUCGAGUUGGACAAGCAACGUGGCGAGGCAGUUGCAUUGGUUCUCGACGCGGAAUCCGACAUGACGUGGGUUGUGUGUGCCGAUGCAAUGUCGGCCAUCAGAGAAUGCAGCUCACUGGAGCGGCUGUACUAUAAUCUCUCGCGUCCAGAUGAGGCCUCGGAAAGGAUAGCAAACCUUGUCUCGACGGGCGUCGGCUUCCUCGAUGCUAUUUCGGACAGUAUACAACAGGUCUGCACUGCCGCCCUGCGACCUGAGAUUUACGAGGAGACCCCUCGAACGGACUAUGAACGACUCCAAUACCUCUUUGACACCACUGCUCUUUGGCGCACUGUAAGUGACGAAGACUGCGCACAGGUCAUUGAGAGUCUAGGACAGUCUUACACUGGUGUUACGAUGGAUCUAUACGAAAGCCUCUCGGGCUUGGUUGCGGCUACGGAGGAGUCUGGAAGCCGCAAGGCCCGUCAACCGCUGACCGACUUUGGACGGAAGCUCAUUGUCAAGGCUGUUCAAGAGACGAUUGAUCUGCAGUGGAACAUCAUCUUCAGCCAGGUCUUGCUACUGGUACACAUGGAGUUCGACUGGGAUCAAGAGGAAGACAUGCUCUCUAAACGAAUUGACGUCGGCGCUGUGUUCAGACAGUUCCUCGAGUCACUUCGUCGGUUAGAGCUGCUUCGGUGGCUCUCCAAGACCGAAAUCACCGUUCCUAUUGGCAACAAGCACGAGCGCAAUGACUCCUUCUCAGGCUCGCCUAGCACCACGAAGAGGACUGCAGAGGAGACACAGACCGUCACCGCGUUGGAGGGUAAUGUCGGUCAUCUUCUUGGCUUUGUGGACGGCAGAAACGAACCUUUGGCUACGAGUAUCACAGACAUCGUUACGGAUCUCUGUGCCUCCAACAGCGAUAUUGAGGUGUCACCUACUCUGAUCCAGUGCUCCCUCAUCAGAAGAGAGCGGGCCGAUCUUGCUCUUCAACUCAACCCCUACUGCGCCCAGACGCCAUUCGCCAUCUACAUCCAGGGCCGUGUUUUCCUUGCGCUUAAAGACUUCGCUUCGGCCGCCUUCCACUUCCGUAAAGCAGCGAUAGGCAUGAGCGUCAAAGAUGUAGAUGUUGACCGACACAGCAGCGGGCUGCUUGACGAUACCGAGUGGAACCUGCUCAACAAGGGGCCGGCUAGGUAUUACUGUCACGCAGUCGCUCUGUUCGAGAAGGUCAAGGCAUACUCAUAUGUAAUCGAGUUCGCCGGACUCGCAAUUCAAUACUCACACGCCAGUCCCGAAGCUGCCCUGGUCAGAAGCGAGAUGCUUAGCCGACAGUUCAAUGCGGCGACGGUACUCUCACGCUUCGACGUCGCCCAUGCUAGUCUACUAGCCAUGAAGGAUAAGGCGAUGCAGCUCUCCUCCCUUCGCAAGCUUGUCGACAAGAUGUGCGAAUCGUACCACAACAGCGAGCUCAUGUCGCUGCCGUUCCCGGGUCUACAAGACUCGAUCGACGACAUUCUGGCACAAAGGUGCAAGGCAACGAUGGAUGUCCUGAGCGGCAUCCCAUACCACCAGAUCCUUUACUCCUGGAGGAUCAAACACAACGACUACCGCGGCGCCGCUACGGUGCUGCUUGACCGCAUCCAAAAGCUGCGACACGCCGGCGAGGGCGAUAAGCUCAUUGGCGAGGACAUUCUCGAUACGGCGGUCACGAAGCAGUAUCUGCUGCUCAUCAAUGCCCUCAGCUGCGUCGAUCCGAAGCAGGCGUGGAUCUUUUCCGAGGAUUUGCCGCCUCCCAACGCUUCGAGGGAGCCGACGACCUUCCAGGGCAAGCGCAAGGUCGUUACGUUACCGGACUUGCGCAAGCAAUACCAGGACGAACUCGACCGGAUCGCAGCCAUCCAGAACAACCAGUUUGGAUUCGAGGCUGACGAUGCAAUGGACAUUUUGUAA